GCUUUUGGGUGAUGGGAGUUUGGGAUUGGAUUGGGAAUGGAAAGUGGGAGGGAGCCAUGGGCGAUGGGUGGUGGAGAUGCUUUAAGAUGCUGUUCUGGAGUUGACAUCUGUCCACGGCAUCCAUCCCUCUCACUCACGCAGCACUCACUCUCUCUAUUGCCUUUUCUUUUUCUUUUGAAUUUGCUUUUCUACAAAGUAUGCAAUUUUCUAAUGUUUUAUUCUCUCUCUUUGCCACUCCCUUUCUUGCUCUUUCCAUGUUUCAACACCGAAAAAAGAAUAUAAAGAAAAUGAAGUCUUCCGUUGAUAGUAUGGUUAGUUUUCUAUGUUGAUGGGGUUAGAUAAAGAAGAGUCCAGAGAAGAAGCAAGUUGAUAAGGCUUGAACAGUUCUAUUCUAUUCAGUUUUAAGUUUGCACUUCCAUAGAUGGAAGUUGGGAUCCGUUGUUGUUGACCAGAUCUGACCACCCAUUUGACUUUUACCUCCAUUUGGCUCCAAGAUACAGCUGAACUUCCUUCCUCUAUUGGUCUGAAUUCAUUUUCGUAGGCAUGGGAAAUGUUCCGUUGAAACCCAGCAUUCACAUUCCGAGAUCAUUCUUAAUCAGAAAAGAAGGUAAUGGAUUAGUUGAAAAAUGACAGGUAACUUUUUGUGCUACCUAGAUAGGGAUAUUGAUGGAGGAGAUGUCUUCGGCGGUCGCGGUACCAUAUAGAGUAGGUAACUCUGUCUGUGAUAACCCACCCAUCGCUACCCACUUAGACGUCACUAGACUUAAGCUAAUGGCGGACAAAAAAGGGGGUUUGCUAUCUGAUUCCGUAACUAAGGCUUCCGCUGAGACGGUUCCCGGUGGUGAUGGGGAUUGCAAUUUUCGUGAUUUGGGAAAUGAAGUUAGCAUUGCAGCUGCUAUGGCGUCGAAAGAGGAUUCCUUGGUUGGUAUCGUAUCUGAAAAGGGAGGUAUUUGGGUUGCUGCUGGUGAUGAUGUUACAGCCACGGAAAGUGUGGAAGAUGAUUCCUUAUCAUUGGAGGGUGAUCAGAUUCUAGAUAUGUCGUGUUCUUUUUCGGUGGGGAGUGAGUGCAGUAGUUUGUGCGGAGAGGACAUAAUGAGUCUCGAGGCUUCUGAUAUGAUAACGCUGAACUCCAUCAACAUCGAGAAGAGCUUAUACGGAUGCAGCGUAGAUGUUGUUACCGAGGCCGCUGAUUCAGAGGAACCAACUGAUGGGACAGACGUAGUGAGUGAUCCUGUUGCUGUGAUUGUUGAUGGGUCGGAUCCGAAUCCGAAUCCAUCUGGAGUUCUUCUUCAGCUGGAAAGAAGGGCGAGUGGAACAUCAGGCCGCAGUGUUUUUGAGGUGGAUUAUGUGCCUCUUUGGGGAGUUAUAUCUAUGUGCGGAAGAAGGCCUGAGAUGGAAGAUGCAGUUGCUGCUGUACCCCGUUUUAUGAAGAUUCCUGUUCAAAUGUUAAUUGGCGACAGGAUAAAUGAUGGCAUGACUAAUUGCUUACCUCGUCAGACACUUCAUUUCUUUGGAGUCUAUGAUGGCCAUGGAGGCUCUCAGGUUGCAAACUAUUGUCGUGAUCGUAUCCAUGUGACUUUGGCCGAGGAGAUAGAUUUUGUUAAGGAAGGGUUAAUUCAUGGAACUAUGAAGGCAAACUGCCAAGAGCAGUGGAAGAAAGCAUUCAUGGAUUGUUUUCUUAAGGUUGACGAUGAAGUUGGAGGAAAAGCUAGUCUUGAGCCUGUUGCUCCAGAAACUGUUGGUUCUACUGCUGUGGUUGCAGUUAUUUGUUCAUCACAUAUCAUUGUAGCAAACUGCGGAGACUCAAGAGCAGUUUUAUGUCGUGGGAAAGAACCGGUGGCAUUGUCAGUUGAUCACAAACCAAAUCGAGAAGAUGAAUAUGCAAGAAUUGAGGCAGCUGGAGGCAAGAUCAUACAGUGGAAUGGGCAUCGUGUUUUUGGAGUUCUUGCAAUGUCAAGGUCAAUUGGUGACAGAUAUUUGAAACCAUGGAUAAUUCCGGAACCGGAAGUGAUGUUUCUUCCACGGGCAAAAGAUGAUGAAUGCCUUAUUUUAGCUAGUGAUGGGCUGUGGGAUGUCAUGACAAAUGAAGAGGUGUGUGACCUGGCUAGGAAAAGAAUACUUAUGUGGCACAAGAAGAAUGGGGUUACACUGCCAACUAUAAGGGGUGAAGGGAUUGAUCCCGCUGCUCAAGCUGCAGCAGAAUUGCUCUCAAGCCGUGCUAUUCAAAAGGGAAGCAAGGAUAACAUCACUGUGAUCGUGGUAGAUUUGAAAGCUCAAAGGAAGUUCAAAAGCAAAACAUGAUGGUAACACCUCCAACCUCCUAUUAGCUGUCUGCUCCAUAUUUGUACAAUCUGAAAAAUGAUCCAGUAUAGUUCUGCCCUUAAUGUUUUUCACGGGGCUUUUAUUGCUUAUUGAGAAUAGCAGUCUGUAUGUUCCAUAGAACAUCCAAGAUUCAAGAACUCUUCACUGUCUCAAAGAGUCUGGUUGUACACACCCCUGCCGAUUUCUGGCUAUGUAAAUCUUAGCAGCUUGUUGUAGGACAGUCGAUGGUGACAAUUCCAUGUUUUCAACGUUGUGGCCAAAGUGUAUUCAUUAUGCCUCCGAGUUAAAAAGGCUCUGUGAGGUAUUUACUACUUAUUGUUUCAACUGCAUGAUACUUUAUAACGAAAUUAGCAGAUUCAGGGAAA